AACAAUAUCAGAAAAUUAAAUUUAAACUAAACAAAAUUAUUAAAUAUGUGUACAAUAUACGCCUUUUUAGCAAAUUUUGUGAUUUUAAGCAACCAAUUUCUGAUUGCGCAGACUUUCAAAGGGGAGUUAACAAUAUUUACCAAUAAACCAGAAUACUUUCCGGAUUGUCCUACGGGUGAAAUAAUUUCGUGUAGAUGUGAUGGCAACGUUAAUUGUAUUGCUACCGAUUUAUUUGGUAAUAUUAGUAUAGCUUUCUCUCCUAAAAGCAAAAAAAUGUCAGUGACUUGUUACACAGAAAGCAAAAAUACUGAUUUUCUACUCGAGCAUGACUUUCAGUCAAUUCUUCUUAAAACACGGUUCCUCCUUGUGAAGUAUUGUACAGAUUUUACACCCAUAAAACAUCUGAGUACCCAAGUACUAGAACUUUUGAUAUAUAUUUAUCCACAGAAUAAAGUAACGGUAAUAUUAAACAGAGACAUUGACAACGACAGAGACAUUCGACUAGCUGACCUUUUUCUAGCAACUAAUCUUGAAGUAAUUAUAAAAUUAUCAGCAGACAGUUAUGAUGUCCCGAAGAACUUAUUUCGUGGGUGCUUCGCCUUGCAAACGCUUAGCGUAAAAAAUCUAUAUCAGAACAUGACGCUGCAAAACUUAACUCAAUUGCAUUUUCGAAGAGUUGGUGAGCUCAGGCGACUUGACUUAGCUGGGAAUAAUAUGAAAAUUUUAAACAAAAAUGUCUUUGCAACACUUUCGCGUUUGAAUUUCCUGAACUUGAGCCACAAUGGAAUCGUGGAGUUAUUUCCAAAUCAAUUUGCUAACCUGGGUCAACUGAUAAUACUGGAUCUUAGCUACAAUUCGUUGACAUAUUUAAGGCCUGAACUUUUUGAGCGAACCCCUUUAUUAUGGCAAUUGAAACUCAAAGGCAAUCAGUUGUACGACACAAAAAAUAUUAUACAAGUUCUCAAACCGUUGAAUUUUCUACAUAGGCUAGACUUGAGCGAUAAUAAACUGCGAGCGAUUUGGGGCAGAACAAGUUACGCCAAAGCUUCAGCUACAUUGGCUGCAAAUCUACGUUACAGCAAUAUGUUUAUGACGUUGAAUUUAGCGGAAGGUCUGAAUUAUAUCAGCACUUUGCAACCUAAGAAGCACCACGAAAGCAAGCCGAAGUUAAAAUUUAUAAAUUUAAGCCGCAAUCUUCUGAGCGGGUUUAAUAUGGAUUGGAUUUUUGAAAUCGGCAUUACAUGCCCUUUCAAAAUUAACUUAAAAAAGAAUUUGAUUAAACACGUAUAUGCUUUAUCAAAUUUACUCGGUACAACUAACGACUGUAAAGGCGAAAUCAUAAUGACUGGCAACCAUAUUGAAUGCGAUUGUAAACUAGCAUGGAUUUACAAUAAUAACUAUCGCCGGUUUUUUAGUGAUCUGCAGUGUAAUCAGAAGUCAACCAAACUACUAACGAAUUUCACACAGCUUCAACGGCAUGAGCUGUGUGCUUGGCAACCGGUGCAAUGUUCCAGAAACUGCGUUUGUUCCACAAAAUCUGAAUUGCUGCACAUCAAUUGCAAAGGCGCGCAACUUGAUGUUAUCGAAGAGCUGCCACGUCCCGAGCAGGUAUUGCUCACGACUUCGUUACUCGAUAUUAGCAAUAAUCGUUUCACUAAUCUGCCGCUAAACACCACCUUCGGCUACGCCAACGUUUCACAGCUCUACGCUGCGAACAAUCAAAUCACCAAGAUAAGUCUCUUGGAACUACCAACCGAUUUGACGGUUUUGGAUCUGCGAAAUAAUCGCUUAAAAUCGUUAAGUGCUGAUUUUUUGCGUGUAUUUCUCAAUGAAAGCACGAAACUACAGUCUUUGUAUCUCAGUGCGAACCCUUGGCUUUGCGACUGUGCUUCACAUCAGCUUCUCUACACCGUACGUGUACAUCGGCAACGCAUACCCGAUGUCGAGCAGUUACGCUGUGAUAAUAAACAGAAUGUUACUCUCCUAACAGCAAGUCUGAGCGAAUUGUGCCAAACUGAGGACAACGUUAAACGUUAUCAGUACAUGAUUGCAACUAUCAUAACUGCAGCGUUAAUCAUAAUUAUUUUCCUUCUUAUUAUUGCACUUUUCUUUAAAUAUAAAUUACAAGUUAAAAUCUGGUUAUAUGGUCACAACAUAUUGCGUUGUUGCAUUCGUGAAUACGAGCUGGAUGAGAAUAAAACGUUCGAUGCGUUCAUCUCAUAUGCGCACCAAGAGGCUGACUUUGUCAACCACAUAUUACUGCCACAACUCGAGCACGGCGAACCACCAUUUCGUGUAUGUACGCACGAACGUAAUUGGCUAGCUGGCGCUUAUAUACCUGAACAAAUCAUCGAAUCGGUCGAACAGUCGCGACGCACGAUCAUUGUGCUCUCGCAGCACUUCAUCGUAUCUGAAUGGGCGCGCAUGGAGUUUCGCACAGCGCAUCAGUGCUCGUUGAACGAAGGUCGCGCGCGCAUAAUUAUGAUUAAAUACGGUGAAAUUAUCAACAGUGAGCUAUUGGAUAAGGAAUUGAAGGCAUAUUUGGAUAUGAACACAUACUUGGAUUGGCAAGAUGCCAGAUUUUGGGAUAAACUACGCUAUGCCAUGCCACAUAAAGUGGAUAGGAAACCAAACACCGAUAUGCUUGAAGUUAACGGCAGGAUGUACGUUAUGGGGCAGGUUGAGGUGAAUCGUUUGCAUGGUGAGAACGCUUAAAUGGGUUGGAAAUAGAAAUCUUG